AUGUUUCUGGUACUGACGUUGUUCACUGGCGUCUUUAUUUUGUGGUGUCUUCAUUUACGAUUUUCAAGGGAAGGUAGACUCAUUGCAAAAAUUCCUGGCCCCCCUGGCUUACCAAUUCUGGGCAACACCUUUCAGUUUCUUGGCUCCUCUGACGUAUUAUUCAAAGCGACAAGAGAGUUGUAUAAAACUUAUAAAGGUCUUAUACAGUUACAUGCGCUUAAUUUCCGCUGUGUGAAUGUUUACGAUCCAGAAGACAUAGCGAGGAUACUUUCGUCAUCACAGCUCAUUGAUAAGAACGUCCCGUAUAAUUUCUUAAGGCCAUGGCUUAAUAAUGGACUCCUUAUAAGCUCCGGUCAGAAAUGGCUUCAUAGGCGAAAAAUGUUGACACCAGCUUUUCACUUGAACGCUUUGAAGAGUUUUUUAGAAGUAUUUGUUGAAAAUGCGGAACAAUUUCAAAAAUCAGUUGAAUCCGAACUAAGAAAUGAAAAAACCAAUUUGUACCAAUUGAGAAGAGAGUUCUGGGAGAAAAAAGGAACAAUUUUUGAAGAAAACAUAAAUACUGGUGCAAAUAAAGGACGUAGUGCAAUGAUUGACUUACUUUUUCAAAAUGAGAAAAUGAAAAAAAUUGACGAAUCUGGCAUUAGAGAAGAAGUGGACACAUUUCUUUUUGCGGGUUACGAUACAAUUUCAACAACGCUAACAUUUUUUAUAAUGAGAAUUGCAAAUGAACCGGCGAUACAGGAAAAAAUUCAUGAAGAAAUUGAGUAUAUAUUUGGAGGUUCCGAUCGACCACCUUCACUCGAAGAUCUUAAUAAAAUGAAGUAUACUGAAUGUUGUAUUAAAGAGAGCUUACGUAUCUAUCCCAGUGUUCCAUUUAUAUCACGAUAUAUCAAAAAAGAAAUAGUUCUAGGUGGUUACAAAAUCCCAGCAGGAACUCAAGCCAGCAUAAUGAUAUAUGAUUUACAUCACCGUGAAGAUAUAUAUCCGGAACCAGAAAAAUUCAUCCCAGAGCGUUUUUUACACAGAAAUCAAGUUAAAAACCAUCCUUACGCAUUUAUUCCAUUUAGUGCAGGGUACAGAAACUGUAUAGGUCAGAAAUACGCAAUGUUGACAAUGAAGACGUUGAUAUUAAGUUUGUUUAAAAAGUUCCGUGUUGAACCAGUGACUAAAAUGGAAGAUAUAAUCCUCUGUAUGGGUAUAACUCUUCGGACAACACAUCCCAUAUAUGCCAGUUGCCUCAAUGAAAGUGGUACGAAAAAACCUAGACCAAAAGCAAUUCAAACGAAAUAUUUACAAACAAUCAGCGAAAAAAGAAAUUCGAACGACAUCACAGAAGACCUUAUGGAAGUAGUUUCCUCGGAUAUGGAUUUAAACGAAAGAUAUAACAAAAUAGUAAACAAGCUCAAAGAACAGGCAAAAAUCUAUUUUUCAACAACAAACAAUCAAGACUCAAGAAUCUUAUCUAAGUGA